AUGAGCCCUUGGCAACUAAAGAUGAUGUUACCAUGGAAACAAAUUGUUCUGCUAUCAAUCACCGGAUGCCUUGCAGCCUGCACAGAGGAUGUCAUCUUUCAGGGGCCAAGAUGGACGACCGAGCCGAGUGACCUCAUUUUACCAAUCAACUCGCCCAACCGCCAGGCCACAGUCACAUGUCAGGCAGAAGGCAGCCCUCCUCCACACUACAGAUGGUCACUAAACGGAACGCUCAUCGAUCUGGGGAACGACUACCGGCGUCACAUGUCUGGGGGCAACCUGAUCAUUAGCAACCUGGACAGGGACCAAGACACGGGGAUUUACCAGUGCAUCGCCUACAACACGUGGGGUACCAUCGUCAGUCGCAGAGCCAGCCUGCAGUUUGCAUACCUUGAUGCUUUCAAAACCCAGAUGGUGCGGAGUGCUGUGAAUGUGCGUGAAGGCCAGGGAGUGGUCUUGCUUUGCGGACCACCUGCACACUCCGGAGAGCUGACAUUUGCUUGGAUCUUCAACGAAUACCCCUACUUUGUACAACAAGACAGCCGGCGCUUCAUCUCCCAGGAGACGGGCAGCCUGUACAUCGCCAAGGUGGAGCCGUCAGAUGUGGGGAACUACACGUGCGUGGUCAACAACACAGUAACCAGAGAGAGGAUGCUCAGCUCGCCCACUCCGCUGGUGCUCAGGAGUGAUGGCGUAAUGGGAGAGUACGAACCCAAAAUUGAAGUCCAUUUUCCAGAUUCGGUUCCUGCCGCAAAGGAAUCUGUGGUCAAACUAGAGUGCUUCGCCUUGGGAAACCCUGUUCCAGAAAUCAGCUGGAGGAGAACCAGCGGAGUUCCGUUCCCCAGCAAAGUCAAAAUGAAAAACUCUAACGCAGUCCUCGAAAUACCGAAUUUUCAACAGGAAGACGCAGGGACCUAUGAAUGUGUGGCGGAGAAUCGACGGGGGAAGAAUGCAGCCAGGGGUCGCCUCUCAUUUCAUGCUAAACCUCACUGGCUCCAGACCAUAGACGACACAGCGCUGUCCAUCGAGCAGAACCUGUUUUGGGAGUGUAAGGCCACUGGAAAGCCCAAACCCUCCUACAGCUGGCUCAGGAACGGACAGCCACUUUCAGCAGAGGGUCAGCUGCAAAUCGAAAACGGAGCACUUUCUAUUACAGCGCUCAACCUGUCCGACUCGGGCAUGUAUCAGUGUGUGGCCGAAAACAAGCACGGCAUUAUCUAUUCCAGCGCACAGCUAAUGGUGCAAGCCUCGCCUCCCACUUUCUCCAAGAGCCCAUUGAGGGCCCUGUUGAAAGCCCGCUCAGGCAGCACAGUCACUCUGGAAUGCAAGCCCCAGGCCGCACCCCCGGCAAUUAGCCUGUGGAAGAAAGGCAGUGAGAUCCUGCAGCGGAGCGAGAGAAUCACACUGUUGCCCAAUGGAACUCUGCAGAUUGCCAAUGUAACGAAGCAGGACGCAGGAAGCUACACGUGUAUCGCAAAGAACCAGUUUGGAACGGCCAGCACAACAGGGAAGCUCAUUAUAACAGAGCCGACCAGGAUCACCAUGAGGCCCACUAACACAGAGAUCAUCGUUGGCGAGAGCAUCGUGCUGCCGUGCCAGAUCUCCUGUGAUCCUGCAUUGGACAUCUCCUUCUCGUGGGCAUUCAAUGGGCAGCUCAUCGACUUCCAACAAGACAGUGACCAUUUUGAGCGCGUUGGCGGGAGCAUAUCAGGAGACCUGAUGAUUCGGAACAUCCAGCUGAACCACGGGGGGAAGUACGUGUGCCUCAUUGACACAGAUGUUGACAGCCUGUCCACCUCUGCCAUCCUGGUUGUCAAAGGUCCUCCUGGCCCUCCCGAUAAAGUAUCAGUGGAGGAGAUCACGGACAGCACAGCCCAACUCUCCUGGACUGCAGGCAGAGACAACGGCAGUCCCAUUACCGGCUACUCCAUCCAGGCCCGCACCCCCUUCACUGUGGGCUGGCAGGCUGUCGAUACAGUGCCAGAGAUCAUCAACGGGAACAUGCUGACAGCCACAGUGGUGGACCUGAACGCCUGGGUGGAGUAUGAGUUCAGGGUGGUGGCCCGCAAUGCUGUCGGACUAGGAGAGCCCAGCCCCCCCUCAGCCAAAACCAGGACAGAGGAUGCAAUUCCAGAUACAGCUCCCACUGAUGUCGGAGGUGGAGGCGGCACCAAGUCGGAAUUAGUGAUAACAUGGGAGCCCGUACCAGAGGAGCUGCAGAAUGGUGAAGGCUUUGGCUACAUCAUUGCCUUCAGACAGACGGGCACAGUCAUGUGGACACGAGCUGUUCAAUCCACACCUGGAGUCUCGCGCUACACCUUCCGCAAUGACACCCUCCCCGCCUUCUCCCCAUUUGAUGUGAAAGUGGCAGCUUACAACAACCGCGGGGAGGGCCCAUUCAGCUCCAUUGCAACAGUAUACUCAGCAGAAGAGGUCCCCAGUGUGGCUCCUAAGAGGGUCGUGGCUCGGAGUAUGUCUGCCGUACAAAUUGAAGUGGUCUGGGAAGCUUUGCACGCCCUCCCCGAAAGAGUGCUUGGAUACGAGGUCGUUUACUGGGAAGAUGACACCAAACCGGACACUAUAGGCAAAGUGCGCCUGACAGGGAACUACAGCGCCACCAACCUGACGGGCCUGAGAGCAGACACUGCCUACUACAUCUCUGUGGCAGCCUUCAACACAGCCGGCCCAGGCCCUCAGACUGCACCCAUCAACAGCACCACCAAGAAGUCUCCCCCAGACCGGCCUCCGCUUAAUAUUCAGUGGACUAUGGUUGGCUCCACACUCUCUCUGCACUGGGAUCCGGUUGUUGCCACAGAGACGGAGUCAAAGGUCACGGGAUACUUGGUGCUGUUGAAAAGACACCGCUACAAUGACAUGACCACGCUCUUGACCUCCAAAACCAGCGUGGAGCUCAGCCUGUCCUCCUCCGACAACUAUCUCAUCCAGAUCAGGGCCGUGAGCGAGGGCGGCGAAGGAGCGGGCAGCGAACCAAUCCACAUCCACAAAUUAAGUAUGGGCGCGCGGGGCUCCGGGUCGACCUGCCCUGGCCUGUGGUACCCUGGACUGGCUCUCAUCAGCGCGCUGCUCUGCUCCCUCUGGUAA